GAGGUUUGUGGCCAGUGCGGUGCCGCGCGGCUUCCCGUGAGGUAGCUUGGUGUGUGGUCGUGAAGCAGUUGGAGGGACGCCUCCGCCGUCGUCUUAUCGCCCUGGCAGCGAAGUAUUCAACCGGUUUCUCUCUCGAGUUGCAUCGUGGAUUUAGAUGUUCUCUCGCGUGACGCAGAUGCGCUGGCUGAUGGCGGCGCUGGUGGCGUGGGCCGCGUGGGCGGCGCCGGGGGCGGCGGCGCUGCGCGUGCUGGGCGUGGUGCCGGUGCCUGCCAAGAGUCACCACGGCGUGCUGCAGGCUCUGCUGCGGGGGCUGGCGGAGAAGGGGCACAGCGUCACCUCGCUCGAGUUCUUCCCGCCCGCGCCACCCGUUCCCGACAAUUACACUAGCGUCCUCCUCGACGACGCCUUCAUGGACGCCUUCAAAGGUUCCUUCAACCCUUUCGACAUGGCGGACAUGCCGUACGUGAUGCGCGUGUACUUCCUGUGGAGCAUGGGCUCCGCGAUAGGGGAGGGCGUCCUCAAGCAGCCGGCGGUGCAGGCGCUGGCGCGCGGGGAGAAGGGCCGCUUCGACGUCGUCAUCGUCGAGUCCUUCUUCAACGAGGCAUUUUUGGGACUGGCGCACAUCUUCGAAGCUCCUAUCAUCCAGGUGUGCCCCUACGUGGGUUCCUCGUGGAUGUACAGUGCCACUGGCUCGCCAUCACCUGCAGCGUACGUGCCGGACCCUUUCCUUCCGUUCAACGACCGCAUGAGCUUCGUCCAGAGAUUCAUCAACUUCGUGUUCGGCGUAUUUCAGGAGCUGGGGCGCGAGCUGUACUACCUCCCUGCGCAGGACGCGGUGAUGCGGCGUUGGCUCAGCGUCGACUCCCGGCAGCCUCUGCCACACGUGCGCGACCUGCAGCGCGCUACUGCGCUGAUGCUCGUAAACGCACAUGUUGCGGUCAGCUACCCGCGCCCGCUCAUGCCCACACUGGUGCCCGUGGGGGGCAUGCAUGUUCGCCCAGGCAAACCCCUGCCGGAGGAUUUAAACAAAAUCAUAACAAAUGCCCGCGAUGGAGUCAUUUAUUUCACUCAUCCUAACGUGAAAUUGUUCAUAACACAUGGAGGAUUACUCAGUUCCUUAGAAGCCAUAUACCAUGGCGUGUCAUUAAUUGGAAUACCCGUUUUUGGAGAUCAACAGCUCAAUAUGGAAAGGGCUUCAUCAGCAGGUUAUGCCAUCCAGAUUCCAUACAAAGAAUUUUCAGGAACUACAUUAAGGGAUGCCCUGAAUGAAAUGUUUUCAAAUACAAGGUACAGUGAAAAUGCCAAACAUCUCUCUAGAUUAUUUCGCGACCAACCAGAGACUCCGCUGGAACGAGCUAUUUGGUGGAUUGAAUACACUAGUCGGCACAAAGGAGCACCCCAUUUACAAUCGGCGGCAAAAGACCUGUCUUGGUACCAAUAUCAUCUUUUGGAUGUUUAUGUAGUGAUCUUAGGAAUAGUAUUAUUAUUCAUUAUCUCAUUUUGGUGGUUCUCUUCUUUCCUUUACCGCAUAUUGUUUCUUAAACAAAACAAAGUUACUUCUCAAUCUCAGAAAAAAUCUAAGAAAAGGAACUAGUUUUAAAGAACAGUGUCACAAAUGUUUAUUCUGAUGAGAAAGGAAAGAAAUGUGUUAAUAAUUGUGUAAAUAUAUUCCGUCAAUACAGCAGUUGUU